AAUACAUCGAUAAAAAGAAUUCAAAAAUGUUGUAAACAACCUACUCUAGCGUCGCUUGGCACAAUUUUUUGAAAACAUAAGCAAAUAAACAGUUCCGGUGAUCGUAAAUAAUAUUUUGACGCAUUUUCAGAGACGUGCAAUAUGUUUUCCAACCUAGAUCUGAGCGCUUUGAGCGUGGACGACAUUGUUGAGGAGUACAAGCUGCUCCAUGACCGCCACCAGCAGCUGAAGGAGCAGAGUGAACUGGAUGCGCAGCGAAUCCAUGAGCUGAAAAGAAAUCUGGACACCGCUCUGGCGGCAGAGGCGUACUUGACCCAGGAACUGGAGCAAGUCGGGAGCCAGCCUGUGGCCAACACCUCGGACUCUGAGCACCAGGAACUGGAGGAGCUGCGGCGGAAGUUCAAGCACCUACAGGCCGAACAGGACAGCCUGCAGCAGGACUACGACCAAAAGGCUGAAGAGGCCAGGAGUCUCAGGCUCAAGUUGGAGUCGACUGAAAAGACUCUGGUGGAAAAGUCCGCCGCCAGAUCGAAUGAUGUCCACGAGGAUUGCCUGGCCCGGUUGAGUGCCCUGGAAGCGGAAAACGCGGAACUGAUGCAGAAAUUGGCGGAUUACGAGGAGUCCAGUGUGAAGAACACGUUUUCUGUGGCCGAAAAAGAGAAAACCAUCGAAUGCCUUCAAGAUCAGGUCAGCUGCUUGGAGCAGAACCUUCACUGCAAACGGGACGAGCUGGAAGAGAAGCUGCAACUUUUGGAGAGCUGCCAGGAGCAGUUGGUUGAUGCCAACGCCAAGAUAGCGCUCCUCACCUCAGCACCUGAAAAUAAUGACCGCAAGGGGAACUCUCUAUUUGCCGAGGUGGAUGAUCAGAGACAAGUUAUGAAAACGCUGCUGUCGGCCCAGAAAAAGAGCUAUUUGGAAAUGAAGAAGACCUUUACGGAAAGCCAGUUUGAGAUACGGCGUCUGAAGAGGGAGAACGUGGCCAUGCACAAGGAGUUACAGGCCUGCAGCACUAUUUUCUGCAGUGCAGACAAGACCUACCAAAACAAGCUAAACGAGCGCAUUCGCCAACUGAUGGAUGCCAAUGACAAUCUGGAGCGACAACUGAACAUUAACCAGGAGCGACUGCGCGAGCUGGCCAGCGAAAAGUCAGUCACCUGGCUGGACUCGAUGCUGGAUUUUUGCAAACGCGAGACAGACGACCUAAAGACGCAGCUGCACAGCAUGCGCAUCCAGAAGGCCGGACUAGAGGAGCAGGUUCGUUCCGUCCAGCAAGAAAUGGCACGCUGGCGCUUCGAGUCCUUAAAAUCCAGAUGCGUCAUCAUUGAUCGGGAGAAUCUCUUGACGGAGCACAAGAUCGCGUACAAGCCCAUGCAGGCCAUGGAGUUUAACAUCAAGGAUGCUGAACUGAAGGCAGCCCUGCCGCGGAUCGUUAGUGUGAAUACGGAUAGUCAGUCGGUUGCUGCGUCAACUAAAGAAACCACCAAUCCUACAUCUAAAUCAGACACAGAGAAACCUGUUGAAAUUAUAAAUCUUAUUACUCCAAUGAAACCUAAGGUGAAGGAAGAGGAACUGGAGCCUUUGCAGGCAGUUAUGGCAGUUAUGAAAGGCACUCCAGUUAAGGUUAAGGACGAAUCUCAGGAAUCAGACUUUCCGGCUGUUCGGAAGCAGACGCCUAUCAGGGAGAUCAAGAGGGAGAUAGAUCCGAACAUGGACCAGGAGUUGGUGAAGGAGAGCCAGGACGAAUUCAAAGUGCCACUAACCAAGAGCACUCCCAUCAAAGACAUUAAAAGCGAAGAUACAUCCACCCACGAAGUGGACGAAGAUGACUCUAAAUCUUCACCUAAAUCUCCACCUAAACCCCUUCCAAAAGGCACACCCAUAAAGCCGCGACUUGGAGUCAUUAAUGUGAAGCCCGAUGAGGACUUGCUGUUCAAGCAACACACUCCAGCCAAGCCACAACGCAAGGGAACUCCAGUUAAACUCAAGCUUAUCAAAUUGGAAAGCCAGGACACUGCUAGUGAGCCUCCGGAUGUUACACCUGGCAAGGCGGAAGCUAUACAAAUCCUGGACAGCCCCACGCCACAGAAACCGCAGCGCAAGGGCACUCCUGUCCGAAAUCCAGUCAUAAAGGACGCAACUAAUAACAAUCUACGAUCGAUUCUAUGCAAAAAGAGGGAACUUUUCGCGGAAGACUCACAAAAGAGUGUGCAGUUCAGUGCGAGCGAUCCUAUUAUUCGAAAUCUGAGUCCUGUGGACAGAUUGUUAAGCGGAUCAGGUUCCAAUGAAAACGAGAAGCCUCUGGCCACAGAAGACGGCAAGGAUAUCAAGCCAACAAUUAAAAGACCUAACAUAAUCAGACGGAUUGUUGUUAGCUCCCGGAAACCUAUUUUAAAGGAAUGAGCAAUGCUACUUUAUUAUUUUAACUUAGAUUUAGUAAAACCUAUUAAUAUUAAAAAAUAAAAUCAUUUAAACUUGA